AUGUUCGCCAGACAGCAGAUCCGAAGUAUGCGACUCCAGCAGAUCGCAGGCAACGGGCGGCGGUGGAUGAGCAAGAUCACCAUUCAGCACCUGCACGGCAUGAAGAGGAAACGCACCCCUAUCGCGAUGCUGACCGCCUACGACUUUCCAACCGGCCGCGCCUGCGAGGCCCACGGCGUCGACAUCACCCUCGUCGGCGACUCUCUCGCGCAAGUCUGCCUCGGCUACGACGCGACGACGCGGCUCACGCUCGACGAGAUGAUCCACCACUGCCGCGCGGUCGCGCGGGGCAGCGCGGCGCCCCUCCUCGUCGCGGACAUGCCGUUCGGGACCUACCACGCCGGCGCGGACGACGCGGUGCGCAAUGCGGUGCGGCUCGUGCGCGAGGGCGGCGCCGAGGCGGUGAAGAUCGAGGGAGGGAGGGAGGUCGUGGACACGGUGCGGCGGCUGACGACGGUCGGGAUCCCGGUCAUGGGCCACAUCGGCCUGCUUCCCCAGCGGCAAGCGAUCCUAUCGGGCUACCGCGUCCAAGGCAGGAGUGCGGGGGAUGCGCUGGGUCUGGUGGACAGCGCGCUCGCGCUGGAGGACGCUGGGGCGUUCGCGAUCGUGCUCGAGGCGAUCCCGCACGCUGUCGGCUCGCACAUUACCCGACGUCUGCGCCAGGCGGCUACGAUUGGCAUCGGGGCGGGGUGGGAGACGGACGGGCAGGUCCUUGUCUGGGACGACCUGAUGGGCACCUGGGGCGGGCACAAGGCGAAGUUCGUGCGCCGGUUCGGGGACGUGCGCGGCGAGGUCGAGAGAGGGGUGAAGGCGUACGUGCAGGCGGUGAGGGACCGCAGCUUCCCUUCGGACAGCGAGAGCUACGAGAUGCCCGCGGAGGAGGCGGAGAGGUUCUGCAAGCUCACGGAGAUUGGGAACGACCAGCCGUGA